UCCCUCCUUCAGAUAUCUCUCUUUUGGCAACCUCACAAUGAUUAUUCCUGUCCGCUGCUUCACCUGUGGAAAAGUUGUGGGUAACAAAUGGGAAGCCUAUCUGGGUCUCUUGCAAGCAGAAUACACAGAAGGAGACGCAUUGGAUGCACUGGGCCUAAAGCGUUACUGCUGUCGACGGAUGCUUCUCUCACAUGUCGAUUUGAUUGAGAAGUUGCUGAAUUAUGCACCCUUGGAGAAGUAGCACUUGGGCUUCAAGGAAGUUCCUGCAUUUGAUGCAGCCUUCUAGUAUUUUUUUUGUUUGAAUCAAAUAAGUUCAUGUCAAAACUAUGUGCCUGCCUCUAGGGGGUGCGGUUGUGCAAGAGAACUCCAUCCCAUUCAAUUAUGUGCAAUAAAGCUUAUUUGCAU